AACACAGCAACGCCUCCCCUGCCUCGCUAGCAACUCCCCUGUUCCUGCUCUGUUUCGCUUACUGCAGCUGAGCUCUGUUGUUACUACGUACACAAGGAGGAACAGUACCUUAGCGUUCGCUAGCCAUGGUUGUGAUAACGGCGCCCAGCUCGGUCGACCAGAUCCCGCUGAUGAGGUGCCCCAAGGACAAUGCAGGCCAGUCGGCCGCCGCCAUACCGUCCGUCGACCUGUCGGCGCCGGGCGCGGCGGCGGCAGUGGCGGACGCGUGCCGCAGCGUGGGGUUCUUCAGGGCGACCAACCACGGCGUGCCGGCUGGCCUCGCCGACGCGCUGGAGGCCCGGGCGAUGGCGUUCUUCGCGCUUCCCCACCAGGACAAGCUGGACAUGUCCGGCGCCGCCCGCCCCUUCGGCUACGGCAGCAAGAGCAUCGGCUCCAACGGCGACGUCGGCUGGCUGGAGUACCUCCUCCUCUCCGUCGGCUCCAACUCCGUUCUCAGCUCCUCCCUGCCGCCCUCACUCCGGAUGGCAUUGGAGGAGUACACGGCUGCGCUGAGGGAGGUGGGCGGACGGGUGCUGGAGCUGAUGGAGGAGGAGCUCGGUCUCGACCGGGAGCUGCUGCGGAGGAUGGUGGUGGGGCGGGAAGGCAGCGACGAGAUGGUGCGGGUUAACUACUACCCGCCCUGCCCCCCGGCGCCGGGGGACUGCGGCGUGACGGGGUUCGGGGAGCACACGGACCCGCAGAUCAUCUCCGUGCUCAGGUCCAACUGCACCGCGGGUCUUCAGAUCAAGCUCAGGGACGGUAGGUGGGCCCCUGUGCCCCCCGACCCGGAAUCCUUCUUCGUCAACGUCGGAGACUCGCUGCAGGUUCUGACGAACGGGCGGUUCAGGAGCGUGAAGCACCGGGUGGUGGCGCCGGAGGGGACGCAGUCGCGGCUAUCGGUGAUCUACUUCGGCGGCCCGGCGCCAUCGCAGCGGAUCGGGCCGCUGCCGCAGGUGAUGCGGGACGGGGAGCAGAGCCUGUACAGGGAGUUCACGUGGGGCGAGUACAAGCGCGCCGCGUACAAGACCCGCCUCGGCGACCACCGGCUCGGCCCCUUCGAGCUGCGCGCCAUGCUGCCCAGCGAGCCCGCAAACAGCGCCGAUCCGCAGCACUGCAGUGGCAGCUCCUGCAUGCAACAGCAGAAGCAGCAGGUGGCACAAGUGUACUAGCACAGGCGAACAGCCAGCCACUACUGGUACUGUUGAUCUAGGCUAGGCUCCUACAAAUAUUCUCCUGCACGGCUAGCUGCACGUACCCCCUGAUCGAUCGACCUCGCCUUUUGUUUAAUCCAUAUCGGGUAACUGUGUGGAGUAGUUACUGGCUCGCUUGGCCGGGCCAAGACUGGCACACUGGCACCUGCCCUUCAGUCCUUUGCAGGCUCUGCUCCUCUGUGCCUGAUGACCACUGCGUGUACAUGAUCCUUGUAACUUCCAGUAGUAGUAGUCGUUGUUUGCAUGUAUGCUGCCUCUUUUGUGCCUUACCUUUACCGGCAGCCAGAGGCAGGCGCUAGCUUUGCUAAUCACUGCUUGGUGCACCGAACGUGUUCGUACGUAAAUAGGCAGCUCAUGCAAGUAGUCUCCGUGUAUGUAACGGUCUCUAUGACUGUAUGGUUCUGGAAGCUCUUAUAAAUGGUAACGUUGUGAA